AUGGCCCGUAAAUCACGGCGCCAGGUCGCAAAUGACGACUCUGACGGCGAUGAGGAUUACAACCAACCGCCCAUGUCUCCUAACACGCAGAGAACAUACAAUGCCCAGCUUACCAUGGAGGCAAGCCAUCCUCUGUCUUCCCUUCAUUCUCGCCGACUGACAUCUCUGCAGCAAGAUCUCGGAAAUGCCACCGCUGAAUUUAUUACGACAUCAGAUUACCAUAGGCACGAGCGCUCGCGCCUCACCAUCACUCGGAGAAGUGAUAUUGCGGGCACUGCAGAAAGCAAGAAGGCUGCUGCCGCGAAAGAAGAACUCAGGAAAUGGAGAAUGUAUUCCCUGACAGAGGAUGCUAUAUCUACUACCGUCGGAGCCAAAGAGCCUGUUGGAUCGGGGAAUGGUAACGCCCAUAGAGCAAGGCUACAGGCCGAUCUACAAGCCUCUUCUCAUUCUUUGAUGGAUCCAUCUGAGCGAGACUCCUCUCAUGCUAGAUCUGCAAUCGAUAACUGCUAUAAGGUCACCAGAGCUAGAGUACAAUCGAUACCUGCAAGCACUUGUGUUGCUAACCCAGUACAAAAGUCGACCGAGAAGCAGAGAAAGGUUCGUAGCAGAGCCACUCAAGACCGACCCUGGCCACCACCUGCUCUCAUUGGCACAGCUCCUUUCACUCCACAACCAGAGCCUUCACAAGCACAUAGGGUAUCCAAGUCUAAUGCCGCAGCCCCUGCCAUUGACUCAUCCAAGAGCAAGCUCGCCGACCCCAAGGAUUUCAUGUCUUUUUUCAACUCCCUCAAUGCCCCAAACACCGCGAACCCCACCCCAGCUCAAGACAAACCAUCUCUCAUUGAGAACAAGUUUUCCUCUCCCGCGGAAGUCACAUUCUCCACCGCCGCUGAAAUCACGGUUUCCACUCCUGCCGAGGCCAACCCUUUCUCUCCAGCCGUCAAACAUUCCCCCACAGCCCAUGCUGCUGCCAAGGCACCUACUUCUGCACGUGCGUCGAAACCUCAAGAGACCGCCACGCAUCCUCUCUCAGCAUGUGCGGAUCACAACGAAAUCCGGAAAGUCCCAGUCGAAGAAUUUUCGUUUCCACUGAGCAAUACACUAGCUCCUGGUGAAGUGGCUACCCAUACAGAUGGUGCCCCAAGUCCAGAUACUCUCUCGGGAUUUAGCGAUUCAGGUUCCGCGACUGGUAGCUGUAUCGGAAUUCGUGCUUCAUCCAAAGCCACCCGAUCUCCAGUCCCACCAAACAUCAUGGACUCGCCCAUCUUGGACGAUGUCUCUGGCAUCGCCGUCAUGAGAGGACAAGAAUGGGUACCCAAAUCUCAAUUCAAAGUACUUCAAGCAGAAUUUGAGGCUAUUAAGAAGGAACUAGCCGAACUAAAGUUAAAACAGUCCUUAGCUACUGUCGCAGCCACUCCUCGAGUCUCAUUUUCUAUGCCAACUGCCGGGGAACAUAUUGUCGCCCCCGUCUUGGAGUUGAAGCAUAGCCGACAAGUUCCAUCAGAGAAUGUCCCGCUUGCUACAUCCAUUUACGCAGCAUCGCCAUCACCAACAACGCAACUCGGCCUUGGUAUCAGCAUCACACAACUUCUUGCGGCUCCUAAACCAUCUGUGAAGUCUCCAGACCUUGUUUCUGCAGUUCUGAAACCAAUUUCCACCAAUGGUGGUUCAAUAUUUGGCGACAGUAGGGUCAUCCGACCCGGUGCAACACAUGUCAUCACGACGUCUACCGACCUGCUAACUGAGCCAACCUUGAAGAGAGCUUCGAAGCCUUUGACACGUAGAUCAGCAGGACCUGGUUUCAAACAGCUUGUCAAAGAUCUGGGCCAGCUUCCAUCAGGAGGCCAACCCGCCCCAUCUCGCAGCGGACUGAAGUUCGUCAAUAGCGGAUAUUUGCCGCGCGGCCCGGGACUUGAGUCCGAUGAAGAAUUGUGA